AUGUUAAGCAAACAAUUAAAAGACUUAAAAGUACAGAAGAAUGUAAACGUAUUUGAAGAUAAAAAUAUAGAUAAAUUAACAAGAAGUAAAUAUAAAUUAUUUAAAAAUUUUUACAAAAACUUUAUUUUAACAUCGUUACAUAUAGAAUCUAUAAAGAAAUGCUUAAAUAAUUUGAAAAGUGUAAACAAAUCUUUUAACGAGUUUGACAAUUUAUUUUUACUUGAAGAGGGUGAUAUUUUGAAUUAUUUUUAUGAUGAAAAUGAAAAAGGAGAAAAAGAACUUUAUUUAAAACAUCGUGAGUUUUUAACAGAAGAAGAAGAAAAAAUUAUUUUUAAAAAAAUAAAAUUAUUUUUAAAACUAUGCUCUGUGUAUACAAAUAAGAAAGAAAUAAAAAUAUUGAUUGAAUUUUUAAUAUAUAAAUAUGAAAUUAACAUAAAAUGUAGUCAAGAUAUUAUACUAUGUAUUUUACCUAAUAUUUUUUUACUAGAAUUAAAAAACAUUAUAGAAAUUAUAUUUAUAGAAAAACAGUCUCCAUUCUAUUUUAUUAAUAACUACAAACAUGAUGAAUUAAAAAGACUGGAUAAAUCUGUUUUCAUUCAAAAUAUAAAAAAAAAUAUUAGUAUAUAUAAAAUAUUAUUUGAAUAUUUAAUAGAUUUAAUUAAUUGUACGAUAGUUAUCCAAAACAUCGAAACGCAUAUUCCUUUUAUAGAUUUUUUUAUUUCAAUCACAUAUGAAAUUGUUAAUAGUUAUAUUGAUAUGCCAUUUCAUAUAAUUGAAUUUUAUUGCAAUAUAUUUUUAGUAUUAAUAAAAAUAGGAAAAUGUUCUUUUAAUUCAUUAAAUCAUAUAUAUACUAUAAAAAAUGAAGAUUCACUAGAUCCUUUCAAAGAGACUAAAGAAAUUCAUAUUUUACGAUUAUAUAAUUGUUCUCUACUUUUUAAAAAUUUUUUGGAUAUAUUUGAAAUUUCUAUAAAUAAAUGCAAAAAAGAUGUAAAUUUAACUUUUUUAAAAAGUAAGAUUUUUUUAUUUGAAAAAGAUUUCUUAUUAUUAAAUGAACAAGUAAUAGAUCAAUCACACUGUGCUGAAUUUGUAAAAUGCUUAAUUAUUUUGUUAAAUAUAAUAUAUAAAUAUUCUUAUAAAAUAUCUUUUAAAAAGUAUACUAAUGAAGAAGAAAAAACAGUAGAUGAGGAAAAAAAAAAUGGAGAAAAUAAAACAGACGAUAAAACCAAAAAGAAUGAAAAAAACCUUCUUAAUAUUAUUAAUUUUGUAAAAGAAAAUAAACAAGAUUAUUUCAAUAAUAAUAUAAAUUAUGUAAUAAAGGAAAAAAAUUUAAUAAUAAAACUUCUUUAUUUAUUUUGUGAAGCAGAUGUAUAUGAAAUUAUUGAUAAUAUAAUUAAACAUAUACUGAUUAAAACUUAUUCUUUGGAGUUAGAUUUUUUUAUUAUUGUUGAUAUAUUUACUAAUUUACUUAAUAAGAAUAUUUAUAUAUUUAAUAUUAUCCUUAUAAUUAACUUAAUAUCAUUUUAUAUAUUUUUAAUUAAGAGAGCAGAAGAACAAGAAGAAGAUGAAGAAGAAAGAGAAAAAAAUAAAUCAAAAAUUCAAGCUGUUGAAUUGUUGCUAAAGAGAAACAAUAAUAAUAUAUGCAAAGAAGAUUUUAAUAUAAUUGUUAAAUACUUUAUCAAAGAAAAUAAUAUAUUAUUUAAAGAAAAGAUAAUAUUAUUUGAAAUAUAUAGUAAAAUAGACGAAAAAUUAUUAGAAUUGAUUAAUAUAUAUAAUAAUAAAUUAACUAAUAUAGAAAUAUUUAAUUCCAUAAAUUUUGAUAAUGUAGAUUUUAAUAAUGAUGAAAUUGUUGAAGAAGCACUUAAAAAUAUUAAAUUCAUUUAUGAGCAUAAAAAAAAAUUAGAAAUUUCAAAUGAUGAUGAUAAGAAAGAGAUUUUCGAUGAAUCUUUCAAUCUUGAUUUAAUAAAAAAGGGAACUAAUUAUUUAAAAUCAAAAAAAUAUAUAAAGUGUUUAUAUUUCAAAGUUAUUCUUUUAUUAAAAAAAAGCAAAAUACAAUUUAUUGAUUAUUUAAAAAUAUAUGAAAAAGAAUUAUUAUAUUUUUUUCCUUCAAAAAAAUAUUUAUACCGAAUAAUUUUUAAUUCAUUUAAAGAAUUGAAAUUUAAUAAAUUCUGUGAACUGGAUAAAGAAAGAAAUAAAAUAUUUUUAAAAUUCUACAUACAAUUAUUUAUGAUUAAAUUGAAAAAAUUGGAAAUGAAAAAUAAUAAAAAAUUAAAGGAUGAUAAGUUUUUUAAAAAAUUUAUUAAUUUUAACUUCUCCUUCUUUUUCAUUAUAUAUGACUGCGUAACCAAUCAUCAUUUUUAUCCUGAGCAUUCAUAUUUUUCAAGAAAUAUUGAAGAAGAAAAUUUUAAGUUAGUAAAAACUUUUUUCAUUUAUUUAUUAAAAUUAAAAAAUAUACAAUAUUAUAAUUUUGAUGAAUUUUUUGAAAAUGAAGUAAAAUAUCAUCGAUUUGAAAACAUUAAAAUUUUAAUAAAAUAUAGUUCACCAUUUAAAGCACUUAUCUUAUUUAGAAUAAUGUAUUAUUUUUCAAAAUUAAACAUAAGCUAUUUAAUGAAUAUAAAAGAAAUGCACAAUUUAAGAAACAAAGAUGAUCAUGUAGAAUCUUCUAUGCAGUUAAAUAACAUAGAAGACAUUAAAGAUAAAAAUAAAAAAAUUGAGAAAUCUGAAAAAAAGGAAUUAAAGUUUUUUCUAUUAAAAAUUUUUAAUAUUCUAUUAAAAAACAUGGAUGAUAUCAAUUAUCUUAAAUCAGAUAUUAAAAAUAAUAUAUAUAUUGGUAUAUUAGAAACAUUUCAAACCAGCAUAUUAUUGUUCGUUAAUUUUGAUGUUUCAUUAGCUUCUUUUCUUUAUUACAAAUAUAUUAAUAUUUUCUAUUUAAAUGAAACAUAUAUAAGAUUUGUAUUAGAUACAGUAGAUUCCUUUUUUAAUUUGUUUAAAAUUGAUAAUUUUAAAAAGUUUAUAAAAGAUAAUAACAUGUUUAUCGGUAUUGUUAUAGAAUUAUAUAAAAAAAUAUUAAAAAAUUGUAAUAAAUUAGAUAUAAAAAUUUUUUAUAAGUUUUUUAUUAUAUCUAUAAUGCUUCAUACUAUACCAGAUGUUGAUAGUUCUGGUCGUAUUACAUAUAUGUGGAAGUUGUUAAAAAAAAUGAGUUUUAAUAAAACAUAUCUUAUAAAUUAUAACGUCAUAAAUAAAGUCUUCAAAGAGAAUAAUAUGAACUUCUUAAAUAAUUUAAGUUUUCCAAACGAUAAUAAUGAGUAUGAUGGUAAUUAUAUAAUUAAUGAAGAUAAAGAUAAUUGUGAUAAUAAUAACAAUUAUUAUAAUAACAAUUUAAAUGAUGAAAAUGAAGAUAAUAAUGAUAUAGAUAAAAUAGAAAAUAAUAAAAAAAGUAAUCAACCAAAUAAGGAAAAUAAUAGCAUAGAAGAAAACGAAAUUUCAUUCCAAUCGUUAAGUGACGACUACUCUUUUGAUUAUAGAUGUUUUCUGCCAUCUUCAAAAUAUUUAUCUUCACGAAAAAAUGUAUACAGGGAAUCAUCAAAAUAUUAUUUAUUUGCAUUUGCUUAUCUAAACAAACAUUUUUUUGAUAUAUUUUUGUUAAAUUUUCAUACAAAUACAUUUCACAAUAGUAUUGUUGAAGAGUUUUUAAAUAAAGAUUUAAUUUUAAUAUUUUUAAAAAUAAUUAUGCAAAAAAAUUCAUAUCCCUAUAAAAUUACUCAAAUAUAUAAAUUUAUAUUAGCAAAGUGUUGUGAAUCUCAAAUUAAAGUAGAACAUAUAUCUCUUUUUUUAUAUUUAAUUGAUUUUUAUGUGAAUGUUUUGGAUAAUAAAUUCGUAAAAAAGAAAAAAAACAAUUUAAAGAAUGAUAACGUUCUUAUAGAUAAUAAUAGUGUCAUUAAUAGAUCAUCAAAUAAAAAAGGGGAUUAUAUAAAUAAAAAGCUACUUAAAACAAUUAAUACACAAAAUCUAAAUACAAAUUCGGAAGAAUUAAAAAAUAAAUUAUUUAAUAAAAAAAUUAAAAAAAUUAACUAUAAAAAUAUUUUAGAUGAAGGAAAUGAAGAUAUUAAAAAAAAUUAUUUUCAAAAAUUGAAAGGAUUUUAUAAAUAUCAUGAAAACCUUUUUGAAAAUUAUUAUUUUGAUAAAGGAAGAGAACUUAAAACAUUAUGUGAAUCUAUCAUAAGUAUUAUAAUAAAUGAUAAAAAUAAUUUAUUAACAAUCCAAUUAUUGUGUAUAAAAAACUUUUCUUCAAGUUCUCUAUUCAAAAAUAAUUUACGUUUAUCUUUAGAAAAAAUGGAAAUAUGUAAUUUAAUGAUAUUUAAAAGAAUAUUUUUAAAUAAAAAGAGUCAAGAUGACAAUUUCAUAUUAUUAAUGUGUAAAAAUGUGAAAAGUGUUAUAGAAAAAAACAAAAUAUUAUUAUUUAUAGAAAAAAAAAUUAUCAAACAUACGAAAACCAGUUAUUUUAAAAUAUUGAAAUAUCUUAAUGCUUUAUCUGAUGGGAAGGUAGAAAAUAAUUCCGCUUGUGUUCAUUUUAUAAAUAGUCAUAUAAGAAUUUUUAGGAAAAUAUCAAAUAAUCUACAACCAAAUGACAGUAUUUUUUUAAAAUUAAUAAAAUAUGUAACAAAUAUUUGUAGGCUCAUAUAUGACGUUCCAGAUUUAGUAGAAUAUCAUUUUUCAUUAAUUAAAAACAACUUCUUAACAUAUAUUAUCUCCUUUUUUUGUAAAAAUAUAAAUUAUUUUUACGAAAAUAUUACUUCUCAUAUAAAACCCUUUGCAUAUGUUUUUGAUAAAAUUAUACAAAGAAGAAUAAUGCUAUUUAUUAAUUUUAACAAAAAACAUGAAUCAAAUAAUUGUUCUCAACAGAAAUAUGAUGAAAAUAAAAAAAGAAUAAAUAAGGAACUAUAUGAAGAAAAUAAUGAUUAUCAUGAUUUCAAUUUUUCAAAAAAAAGAAAAAUUCUGAAUAUUCAUCCUACUAUUUACGAAGAUCCUUUAAUAUAUAAUGAAAAAAAAGAUGAAGGUAAAAAUAUCAUUGAUGAUGAAGAUAUUUCUUAUAAUUGUGAACAAGAAAAUCAUAUUAAAUAUAGUAAUGAAAAGGAUAACAAAAAUUUAAUUGCAGAUUUUGUAGAGAAUGAGGAAGAAAUUAAUAAAUAUUAUCACUUGCAUAUAUUCGGAUUUAUGUGCACUUUGAUUAAUAAGGUGUUUAAAAAAGAAAUUGAUUUGAAGCAUUUUACUAUUUUAACUAAUAAUUUAAUUUUUCUUUUCAAUAAAAGUUAUAGUUCUUAUGUUAUAUCAAUUAGCCUUAUAAAUUUAAUUAUAAAAAUUAAGUUAGAAAAAAUAUAUGCUUGCAAAAAUUAUAUUGUAGAAAUUUUUAAUGUAUACUAUUUCAGUGAUAUCGAUUAUUGUAUUAAUAAUCAUCUACUAUUACUGCUAUCACUAUAUUUGUGUCCUUACAAUUAUAAAAAGAAUAAUUUACUUAAGGAUGAGUGUAAUGAAGAUAGAAAUAAAGGGAAUGAAAUGAAUAGUGAGGAUGAUGAAAUUAUAUAUCCUAAUUAUGUAAAAAUGAAAUUAAAAUAUAUUAAACCACACUUAAAAAAAGUGAAAAAUAUUCAUAAUUUAUGUUUAAAAAUAAUUACAUUAAUUUCAAUAAUUAGUACAAUAAAUAAGAGACGUAUUCAAUCAAUUUCUUAUUUUGUAUAUUUUUCAACUUUUCAAAAUUUUAUUCUUUGCUUCUGUUUUUCAAAAAACAAAGUAAUUAAUAGAAAACUUAAUGUGUUAUUCAAGAAAUUCUCUUUUCGUAAUACAGAUACUUUUAUACUCUAUUAUAUUUUAAAUAAUUAUAGAAUAAAAAAAGAUAUAUUAGAAAAUAAAAAUAAUGAAGAAGAUAAAGAAAUAUUAGAAAUUGCAGAAGGAAAAAAUAAAAUUGUGAAUAAUAAACGUAAAAAUAUUUAUUAUUUUGAAAAUUUAUUCUUAUAUAAAUUUUUAUUUUAUUUAAAUAAAUUAAAAGGUUCUAUGAAAUUUAAUGAAAGUUGUAAGAAAUACUUGAAACUUAAAGAAAAUAAAAGCAUUACAAAUGAAACGGAUUGCUCUAAAAAUAAUAAACAUUUUCUUUAUGAUAUUUUUAAUGUUCUUAUGGUAGAACAAGAUGAUGAUAAUAUAAAUAAUAUUAUAAAACAAAACGUUUUCAAUUUUUAUGAAUUUAUAAUAGAUAAAUUAGUACACUUAAAUUAUAUAAAUUACAAAAAUUUAUUUAAACAGAUAAUAAUUUUUAUUAAUCAUAAAUUAAAUUAUGAAAUAGACGCAAAACAUAUAUUUGAUGCUAUAAUGCAUUUCAUAUAUGAAAAAAAAGAAAAAAGAAUUUUUCCAUUAAAUGAAAUAUAUAUAUAUAACAUAUUCAAUAAAUCAUUAUUUAAAAUAAAAUUGGAUAAUUCUAUGAUAAUUUUAAUUGUUUCUAAAAUAAAUGAAAUAUUAAAAAGGUUAUUUGAGCAAUAUUAUAUAUUUUAUAAUAUUGACAGAAAAAAUAAAAUAAGUUGUGAAGAUCGUGACCAUAAAAAAGAAGGAGACAUUGUUAACAAUAAUAUAAAGUGUAAUCAGAUGAAAAAGAAAAAUAAAAUCUUCGAUUUAGAAAUCUAUAUGAUAAAUGAUGCAUACAACAAAUAUAGUGAAAUAUUAAGUGAAAAAGACGAAGAAAAUAAAAAGGAUAAUAGUAAUAAUUUAGAUAAUAAUGUUGAAUUGUUAUGUUUAUCUGAUGUAAAUUCAGUAGAUUCUAAUUAUAGCUUUAAUGAUGAAUGUAAUAAUAAUAAUGAAGAUAAGAAGGAAAAAGAAAUAGAAUAUGAUUUAAAAGAAAUAGAUUAUAUUAAAUAUAUGAAUGAAAUAAAAGAUUUUAAACAAAUUUUUCUAUUAGAUAAUUAUUAUUUGAAUACAAUUUUAAAAUGCAUAUGUUCUUUAUUAAUUAAUUUUCCACAAUUCACCAAAAAAAAAAUGAUUGAAUUACUGAAGGUUUUAUUUUUUAGUAACACAAAAUAUAUUUUACUAAAUGAAAAAAAUGUGUUUAAUAAUAAUUUUUAUAAUUUAAGCAAAGAAAAGAAAAUUAAAUAUAUUAGUAAAAUUAUAGAAAACCCUUUAAAAAAGAUAAAUUUAUAUCAUUUAUUUUUUAUUUUUUCAAAUAACGAUAUUAAAAUUUGUUUUAAGUAUUUAAGUAAAUAUUACAGGAAAUUUUAUAAUUAUUUUAAAGAUACUAGUCAAAUUUACUCAUAUAAAAAAUCAGUAGUACUUAAUAAUUCAUUAUUCAUUUAUCAAAAUCUUAUAAUUUUUCAAAAUAUUUUCGAUAGUAAUAUAAUUAUGGGAAUAGGACUAAAAUUAUUAUUCUCUUUAAUAAAGAACUAUAUAAAAAAUUGUUGCAAAUAUAUCACACUUCUUUAUGAAAAAUACAAGAUGAAUAUAAUGUACUUAAAUACUAAAGAUUUUUAUUGUUAUAAUGAUAAUUACUGUUUAAAAAAUUCAGAAAAAUCAAAAAAUCAAUUAUUAGUUGAUAUGAGAGUAGAAGAACAAAAUAUAGUAACAUCAUUGGUAUAUACUUCGUCUAAGUUAAAAUUUUCAUCAUUAGAAAAUUUAUUUGAGAAACUAGUUUUAAAUUUUGAGAAUAAGCAUUUUGAAUCGAAUUCUUUAAAUAUAUAUGAUCAAUACAAAACAAUAUAUGAAAAAAGAAUAUAUUUUUUAUAUUUUUAUAAAUUAUACCAAAAUUUUGGUUCUGUUUUGAGUGAAAAUAAUAAGUAUUUAUUUGAUUUACUUAACAAUAUAAAAUUUAGUUUAAUUCUAUGUCAAAAAAAUUAUGAACAGUUUUUUGAAAACUUAAAAAGUGAAGCAUUUAAACAAGGUGAAAUGGGAAGAGAAGUAGAAGAAAAAGAACAUAGUAAUUAUUACGAAGAUAAAGAUGAAAAUAGGGAAAUAGAUAAAUUUUUCAAUGAAUAUGAAAAUGAAAAAAAAACAAAGUUUAGAAAAAAUAUCUCAAAAAGUAAAUGGUAUUGGUUUGAACUUGGUUAUUGUACAUUACUUUGUUUGUAUGAAAUUUUAAAAAAUGAAAAAAAAAAUCAGAAAAAUUUUACUGCCAUAUUUUAUCAAACAUGUUUUGACAAUGUUAUAAACUGCUUUGAUUUUUUUAUUCAUCUACCGAGAAUUCAUAUAAAUGACGAUUUUAAAAAUACCAUUAAUGAAAAAAUUGUAAGAAAUAGUGAAUUUUUUGAUAUGAAACAGACUUCUAUUAUUUUAUUAGACCUACUAAAAUUAAUUUUGUUGGAAUUUUAUUCCUUAUAUUUAAAUGACCCAGAAAAGAUACAGAUUAUGACAAUGAGAAUAUCACUCAAAAAUAAUAACAAUAAUAAUAUAAUUAUAUCUAUAAUUUUAACCUUGAAAUAUAUAUAUGAAACUAUCGGUUAUAAAGAAUUACUUUUUUCUGUAAAAGAUCUAUAUCAAAUUUUUUCUGAGUUAAAUGAUCAUCCAGAUGAUGAAAUUGAAUUUCUAACUAAAGAAUGGCUUAACUCAAUAAGCAAACAUACAGAAACAUAA